UCUGAAUCACCGAACCCCAGGCUACCGAAGUGGAGCAUGUGAACCUAACCACUACACCACUGGGCUGGCCCCUAACAAUAUUAAAGGACGCAAACGUUUGUGGAAGAGUCCUUGAAGGGUUCUUCACUGUUCUCCUGGACAAAAAGAGACCUGCAAAUCAAAGCUGCUUCUAAAUUCCUCGCUCUUAUUUUGCUGACAAUUGCUGUAAUGUUAAGACUUCGCAGAAAAAAGUGAAUUUUGAGACAAGAGGGGAGAGACUUCCCACACCAUCGUCCUCACCUCUCUCCUAGCCAUAAGAGCCUGGAGAGAAAUACCAGCUGACAGUUAUUGCUGUACAAUAUUUACUUUACCUUCUCUCUCAACGAACAGGACAAAAUGAUUAAAAAGGAGAUAAGCGUGUGUCAACAAACGCAGGCCCUUCUGUACAAGAAUUUUCUUAAAAAAUGGAGAAUGAAAAAAGAGAGCUUAUUGGAAUGGACAAUAUCGUUGCUUCUUGGGCUAUAUUUGUGCCUCUCUUCAGAAUUCUUCAGAGCUACCCAUUUUCCUGAACAGCCUCCUCAUGUUCUGGGACGUAUGGAUCAAUUUAAUGACUCCGAUCUAGUGGUGGCAUAUACCCCAGUAACUAACAUGACGCAGAAGAUAAUGGAUAAGAUGGCUUUGGCUUCUUUUAUGAAAGGAAGAACAGUCAUUGGGACUCCUGAUGAAGAAACCAUCGAUAUAGUACUCGCAAAAAAACACCCCGAAAUGGUGGGAGUUGUGUUUAAUGAUUCUUUUUCAUAUCGGCUGAAGUUUCCUUGGGGGUACGGAAUCCCAAUUAUAAAAGAACACUUGGAAUACUCAGAACACUGUUGGGCUGAUCAAGAUGAACCUUUUUGUUCCUUGACAACAUUCUGGCAAAGAGGGUUUGUGGCUUUUCAAACUGCAAUUAAUGCUGCAAUUAUAGAAGUCACAACAAAUCAUUCUGUGAUGGAGGAGCUGACAUCAGUUAUUGCGAUAAAUAUGAGGACUUUACCUUUCAUUUUUAACAGAGGAUCUAUAAGUGAAUGGUUUAUCUUUAUUUGUGUAGUUUAUUUCUCCCCUUUUGUAUACUUUGCAUCAUUAAAUGUUACAAGAGAAAGAAAAAAAUUUAAGAAACUGAUGACAGUAAUGGGUCUCAGAGAGUCAGCAUUCUGGCUCUCCUGGGGAUUGAUGUAUGCUGGCUUCAUUUUUAUUAUGUCCAUUUUUAUGGCUCUGGUCAUAACAUCUAUCCAAAUUAUAGUAAUGACUGGCUUCAUGGUGAUAUUCACACUCUUUAUCCUAUAUGGCCUGUCUUUGAUAACGUUGGCUUUCCUCCUAAGCGUGUUGAUAAAGAAACCUAUCCUCACCGGUUUGGCUGGGUUUCUCUUCACUGUAUUUUGGGGAUGCCUGGGAUUCACGGCACUGUUUAGACAACUUCCUUCGUCGUUGGAAUGGGUUUUAGGUCUUUUCAGCCCUUUCGCCUUCACUGCUGGGAUGGCCCAGAUUUUGCAUCUGGAUUAUCACAUGGUUGGUGCCAUUUUUCCUGAUCCCUCUGGAGAGGCGUACACAAUGAUAGUUACUUUCUUCAUUUUGGCACUUGAUACUCUGCUCUGUUUGAUAUUGACCUUAUAUUUUGAGCGAGUUUUGCCUGAUGAAGACGGCCGCUGGCAUUCACCAUUGUUUUUCCUAAAGACUUCAUAUUGGUCCCAACAUCAAAAUACUUAUCAUGAAGUCUUUGAGAAUGAAAUAAAUGCUGAGUAUUUCUCUGAUGACUCUUUUGAACCAGUGUCUCCAGAGUUCCACGGAAAAGAAGCCAUAAGAAUCAGAAAUGUUGAAAAAAAAUUUAACGGAAAGCCUGAAAAAAUAGAAGCAUUGCAAGGCAUAUUUCUUGACAUAUAUGAAGGACAGAUCACCGCAAUACUUGGACAUGGUGGAGCUGGUAAAUCAACACUGCUUAACAUUCUUAGUGGGUUGUCUGUUUCUACAGAAGGAUCAGCCACUAUUUAUAAUACUCAACUCUCCGAAAUAACUAACAUGGAAGAAAUCAGAAAAAACACUGGAUUUUGCCCACAGUUUAAUAUUCAAUUUGAAUUUCUUACUGUGAGAGAAAACCUGGCACUAUUUGCUAAAAUAAAAGGGAUUCAGCCAAAGGAAGUGGAACAAGAGGUGAAAAGAGUUAUGAUGGAAUUAGACAUACAAAACAUUCAAGAUGUCAUUGCUGAAAAAUUAAGCGGUGGACAGAAGAGAAAACUAACCUUUGGGAUCGCCAUUUUAGGAGACCCUCAGGUUUUGCUACUGGAUGAACCAACUGCUGGAUUGGAUCCUUUUUCAAGGCACCAAGUUUGGAACCUUCUGAAGGAGCGGAAAACAGGUCGUGUGAUCCUUUUUAGUACCCAGUACAUGGAUGAAGCUGACAUCUUGGCUGAUAGGAAAGUGUUUCUGUCUAAUGGGAAGUUGAAAUGUGCAGGGUCAUCUUUGUUUCUGAAGCGAAAGUGGGGUAUUGGAUAUCUUUUAAGUUUACAUAGGAAUGAAACGUGCAAUCCAGAGAGAAUCACAUCCCUCAUUAGACAACAUGUCCCUGACGCCAAGUUAACAGCAGAAAGUGAAGAAAAACUUGUGUAUAGUUUGCCCUUGGAAAGAACAAAUAAAUUUCCAGAUCUUUACAGUGACCUUGAUAAGUGUUCUGACCAGGGCAUAAUGAAUUAUGGUGUUUCCAUGACGAAUCUAAAUGAAGUAUUCUUGAACCUAGAGGGCAAAUCAGCAAGUGAUGAGCCAGAUUUUGGCACUCAGAAACAGGAGAAAAUCAAAGUGACAAGAGAUACUGGAAUUGAGUCUGAAACGCAACAGGCUCUUUGUUCUCUCCCUGAAAUGAGAAAGGCCAUCAGUACCGGAACUCUCUGGAGACGACAGGUCCUCGCAAUGGCAAGGCUACGCUUCUUAAAGUUAAGGCAUGAGAGGAAAGUUCUUUUGUCCUUGUUACUGGUACUUGGAAUUGCUUUUAUCCCCACCAUUUGUGAGAAGAUAAUGUCUAUGGCAUUUUUUUACCCUCAUCGUUGGGAGCUUUCAUCCAGUAUGUAUUUCCUCUCUCUGGAACAACUCCCACAAACUCCUCUUACCAGCCUAUUGAUCAUCAAUAAUACAGGAUCAAAUAUUGAAGACCUCGUGCGGUCACUGAAGCGUCAGGAUAUAGUUUUGGAAAUAGGUGACUUUAGAAACAGAAAUGGCUCAGAUGAUCCUUCCUAUAAUGGAGCCAUCAUAGUGUCUGGUGACUCGAAGGAUUACAGAUUUUCAGUUGCUUGUAACACCAAGAGAAUGAAUUGUUUUCCUGUUCUUAUGGGGAUUGUUAGCAAUGCCCUUCUUGGGAUGUUUAACUUCACAGAGCUUAUUAAAAUGGAGAGAAGCACAUUUCCUGUUGAUGACGCAAUGCUGGGAAUUGGGUUUUUGGACUGGUCCUUACUUUUGUUGCUUGCAAACUGCGUUUCUCCUUACAUCGGCAUGAGCAGCAUCAACGAUUACAAGCAAAAAGCUCAGUCUCAGUUAUGGAUUUCAGGCCUCUUCCCUUCAGCAUACUGGUGUGGACAGGCUCUGGCGGAUAUUCCAUUAUAUGGUCUGAUUCUUCUUUCAAUACGUUUAACUCACCACUUCAUGUUUUCGAUUUCCAUACUUUCAUGGGGACUUGUGUUUGCUCUGGUGGUUUGCAUGAUUGGUUGUGCAGCUUCUCUUAUAUUCCUCACAUAUGUGAUUUCGUUCAUUUUUCGCAAAGGGAGAAAAAAUAGUAGCUUUUGGUGUCUUGGCUUUCUUAUUAUCUCAAUAUUUGUAUUCAUCAUCCUGGUAUCAACUCACUUUGAACGUUUCAAGUUAAUUUUAUGCAUGAUUUUAAUACCUUUGUACACUUUAAGUGGAUUUUUCACGUUUUUGAUAGAGCUGUCCUUUAUAAAUAUGAGAAGCUCUGAAAGUCUGGACAUUGGAAUAGAUGAUGUUAAUGAAACCAUUCUCUUAACAAUCUUAAUACCAUACCUUCAGAGUGUCAUUUUCCUUUUUGUUAUAAGGUGUCUGGAAAUGAAGUAUGGAAAAGAACCAAUGAGGAAAGAUCCAGUUUUCAGAAUCUGUCCAAGAAGUAGGGAAAGUCAUCCAAAUCCAGAAGAGCCAGAAGAAGAAGAUGAAGAUGUUCAAAUUGAAAGAGUGAGAACAGCAAAGGCCUGCACUACUCCAAACUUGGAUGAGAAACCAGUCAUAAUGGCAAGUUGUUUACACAAGGAAUAUAAAGAGAAAAAGAAAAGUUGCUUUUCAAGAAGAAAGAAGAAAAUAGCCAUUAGGAAUGUUUCCUUCUGUGUUAACAAAGGUGAAGUUUUGGGACUACUGGGACACAAUGGAGCUGGUAAAAGUACUUCUAUUAAAAUGAUAACCGGGGACACAGAGCCCACCGCAGGAGUGGUGGUUUUACAAGGCUGCAGAGCAUCACCAAGCCCACAGGGAGAUGACCUUGUCAAGUUUUUGGGGUACUGUCCUCAGGAGAACCCAUUGUGGCCCAGUCUUACAGUGAAAGAACACCUGGAGUUGUAUGCGGCAGUGAAAGGACUGGACAAAGAGGAUGCCGCUCUAAGUAUUUUAAGAUUGGUGGACGCGCUCAAGCUGCAAGACCAGCUGAAUCUCCUCGUGAAGGCCUUGUCGGAGGGAAUAAAGAGGAAGCUGUGCUUCGCGCUGAGCAUCCUGGGAAACCCAUCAGUGGUGGUUCUGGACGAGCCGUCCACCGGGAUGGACCCCGAGGGGCAGCAGCAAAUGUGGCAGGCAAUUCGGACCAUUGUUAAAAACACGGAGAGGGGCGCCCUCCUGACCACCCAUUACAUGGCAGAGGCUGAGGCGGUGUGUGACCGUGUGGCCAUCAUGGUUUCUGGAAAGCUGAGGUGUAUUGGUUCCAUUCAACAUCUGAAAAGCAAGUUUGGUAAAGAUUAUUUACUAGAAGUAAAAAUGAAGGAACUCACUCAGGUGGAACCUCUCCACGCAGAGAUUCUGAAGCUUUUUCCACAGGCCGCUCGGCAGGAAAGGUAUUCCUCCAUGAUGGCGUAUAAAUUACCUGUGGAAAAUGUGCACCCUCUAUCCCAGGCCUUUUUCAAAUUAGAGGCAGUGAAACAGACCUUCGAUCUGGAAGAUUACAGCCUCUCUCAGGCUACCUUGGAACAGGUAUUCUUAGAACUCUCUAAAGAGCUGGAGCUGGGAAAUUUGGAUGAUGAAGUUGAUGCAACAGUUAGAUGGAAGCUCCUCCCACAGGAAGAGCCUUAAAACCCUGAACCUCUUAACGUUAGAUUUUAGGGCUUACUACAUUGUUCGUUUCCAUAAUUCUAGAAGGAUCUUUCAUAUUGCUGCAGUUAACAAAACAAAAUAUUCAGUAGUUAAGCAUUCAAUGAUGAUUAAGGUUUUCAAUGGCUUUUUAAAUUUUAAAAUGGAGGGGAGAGGCGAAGAUAGGCAAAGUUACUAGACAAAAUUAACAUAAUCAAAUGUAAAUUAGUCACUAAUAUAGGUCUAUUUUGGGCUUAAUAUUAAUUCAAAAAUCACAUAAUGUUAGACUAGCUUUUUAUUAUAUCACUAAGGCUGAAUGCUAAGCACAUUUUACAGAUAAAACAUUUUAGGUUUUUUUAACCUCUACUUUAAUGAAAUCAGCUAUUUUUAAGCAUUAUUAAGUAUCAAUUUGAUGUGACAUUGACUAUAAGAAGAUCUAACAAUCUGAUGGGUGAAUUAUAUAGUAUGGCUUUUAAACGAUGAUAUAUUCUUAUUAUAAAAUAAAUUUAUGCUAAUUUUAGGAUACAUAGAAAUUAUGUGGAUGAAGAUAAUAGGAAUCUGUAAUAAAGUACCACAGUAGAUAUUUUGGCCUACCUAUAUUCAAUGUGCUUUUUAUGAGUACUUUUUCAAAUGUGACAUCAGUGAGCAUAUUUUUGUACUUUUUCACUUCACAGUUCAUGACCAUUUCCCUUGUCAAUAUGGCACUUUUUUAUUAUGUAACCACUGCAUUGCAUCCCUUUGAUGUACUAUCAUGGUUUUUACUUAACCUUCUUACUAUUGUCCGACAUUUUGGCUGUAUGCAAGUUUAAUUCUUAUAAAUAAAGCUGUGAUGAACUUCUC